ACGACCCCCUUCCGUUUCCUCUCCUCCUCCCUCUAUAGAUAGCAGAAGAAAGCAUGCUUCAUGACUAGAAUACCUCCUCCUCCGCCUUCACGCAAUGGCUGAUUCCGUGAGCUCUUCACUUUCUCGCCUCUUCCUCGUGGGCUUACCUCUCUUCUUCCUGUUCUACUUCUGCUUCGCCGCCGUGCCCUCCCUGGCGGCGUACGGUGGCGGAGGGCGGAUGGUGGGGGGCCGGACGGAGGUGCGGGACGUGGAGUCCAACAAGGAGGUCCAGGACCUCGGCCGCUACUCCGUCGAGGAGUACAACCGCCACCAGGGCCCGGCCCACCCCCUUACCUUCGCGCGGGUGGUGGGGGCGCAGCGCCAGGUGGUGUCCGGCAUCAAGUACUACCUUCGUGUCCUCGCUACGGAAGGCGACGGCGGAUCAGCGGGGCAGCAGCGCACCUACGACGCCGUGGUCGUCGUCAAGGCGUGGCUCGGUUCCAGGGAGCUCAUCUCGUUCGUCCCCAUCACGCACUGACUCAUGCAAUGAUCUCGGAAUCAAACAACGAAGAAGAAGAAACAAUAACAAUAGUAAACAACAGGACUGGAAACUUAUUCCAUCUGUGUUUUCUUUUGAGAUAUGUUCUUUAUGGUUGUGGAAAUUUGUAGUUUUUUUC